AGUCUGAUAACGAAGAACAAAACGCAACUAAAACACAAUGAAGUUCGCUACCAUCGCCACUAUUGCUGCUGUUGCUGUUGCAGUCAGCGCCCACUCGUACGAUCAGGAGAUCACGUGUGGUAUUAAGGGAUUCACUGGAAAAUCAUACGACGAGUCUAAGGUGUGCUGCGAGUAUUCCGGCAAUUGUGGAAAAUUGUCCAAGUGCACUGAGAGUUUCUGCAAAGCCUCUGGCAACUCUGGCAGCAGCAAAAACGAGUACAAGAUCACCUGUGCCGAGAAACGUGAACGUAACCCUGAUGCCUUGAAGGGUCCCAUCCACAAAAACAAGGAGUGCUGCCAGUGGUCUGGUGAGUGCGGCGACUUGAAGAAGUGUACCCAAUCAUACUGUGAGAAGGAUGCCCAGUCAUCUGAUGUUUACAAGCGAUCCGACUUCCAGUUUUAAUUUGUUCAUAACCUUAGAAUUGGCGUAAAUUGCAGUUGAACUGCACUUCGUUUUAAAGCAAGAUAUAUUCUCAUCCCCCUCCUGAGCCUAUCUGGGAUAUGUAUGGAAACUGUACAGUAGGAAUACAUCAAAAUCAGAAAAUUUGAAAGACUUAUUCUGAUAUCAUUCUUGGGAUUGAUACUGUCAGUUGCUAAAGAUGCAUUCUAUGUAUGUUGUAACUUCCUCGAUGAGAUUGGUACGCGGAUACAAUGGACCUGGAAAUCAGGUUGAUCCGUUUCAUUAAAAAGAAAAUUUAAUAUGUAGCGCAGGCCGCAGAUGUAACAAUUGCUUCCAGGAACCACCCAGUAGGAACGACUUUAUUGUUCUUUCGGUUUUAUUUGAAUAUUUGGAAACAGUUAAUGUGCAUUAACUAUAGGCAACCUCUCAAACGGCAUUGCUAUGAUAUUAUAUGUGCCGGUAUUAUCAAAGGAAAUAUGAAUAUUAAAUCUCUCCCAAAAUCAACGAAAGGUCAAAACGUUUGUGGUGUGCAAAUGGUUCGGUUUUCC